ACUGAUGCAAAAACAGUCAUGGUGAGCCUGCGCACUAAACCAAAGGAUGAAUGAGCCCCAUAGCGCACAAUAUGCGGCUCGUUGCAUCCGGAGCCCGGACGAGAUCAACGUAUGAGGUAUGUAUUCGAUGGUCAAGUUGACUACUUUUGCUUUCAAACCGCCAACCCGUCGUUUAUGAGCUCAAAGUUCGUUCUCAAAACCCCCCUGACGGCUGGCUUCUUGUACCAAAUGAACAACUUACACCCAAACUGCAGGGGCAUAGCCGUACGCAGAAACUCUCGCUACCGUACAGAGCAAGCCAGUGUUCCGACGACGAAUUGAUGAAUUGACAGACUUCCAACCGUAACGAUCUACAAAAUGCAUCUGUCUGUCGGAUACCAGUCACGGACCGAGCUUUUCAAUUUGCUUGUUGAUGGUAAUUGUCGCAUAUCAGGUCGGAAAAGGUCUGUUGCAUGUUUCUGUUCUUUCUCUCUAUCGUUUUCUAGGCCUUUCGAAGCAAAGCUCUUCGUCAUCUGUAACAGUUUGACAGAGAAGUGUGUAGUGCGAUGCGGAAGUGAGUUGCAACAGUCGCUCGCAGCGCUCUCGACUCUUGCAAUCCAGCCAGGAUGCGACCAGUUUCGGGUGAAAUGUUCCCAAAGUAAUCAUCCUUCAUGCGCAUUCGAUCCACACUACAGUCACGCGCCUGCCGGCCUCGGACUCAUAACGCACCGUAGGGCAGUCUGCCCACUCUCUUCACCAAAAUCAGGUGGACCAUGUCGACGAAGAGUCCCUAGUGGAGCGAAGUGGGCUUCGAAAGAGCAGACACUGCGACCCAACAUCCUCUUGAGGACUUCGGCCUUCACGUACAUAGAUACCCAUGUUACUGCAAAAGGUGUUAAACAUCGUAUCAUUUUGGCUCGUGGCAUUAAUAGAUCGUUCGUCCGCGGCAGGCAACGACUGAUCUCAACGAUUCUAUUGGAAACAGCAGAACGUCCCGCUGUACUGCCGAGCGGCAAGCAUCCCGCGUGGAGCAUUCUAGUUCAAGACGUACUCAGACAGGCAAAACCAUACUCAGCCGCGAGAUAUUCUGAGUAGCCCUAUCGUAACUUUAAGAAGUAUCA